GAGGUGGGGAGGUAUUGGCCCGCGACUCUCCGAGCCCCGCUUGCGCCCCGGCCCUUCCCGGGCGCUCGGCCUCCUUCCUUCCCUCCUCCGCUCGCCUCGUCUUCCGUGCGCGCCGAGCGCUGCGCUCGGCCGGCGUGCCUCGCGCCGUAACGGGCGGCCGGGGGCGCCAAUCAGCGGGCGGCAGGGUGCCAGCCCCGGGGCUGCGCCGGCGAAUCGGCGGGGCUCGCGGCCCGGGGUGGGAGGCGGGUCUACUGCGCGGCCGCGGCGGCGGCGGAGCAGCUCCCAGCCAGCAGCCAGCGAGCGCCGAGCGAGCCGCCCGGAGGUGGGUGCGCCGCGCCGCUGCGGCCGGCGGCGGAGGGCGCAGGGCGGAAGCGGAGGUCAGAUAGAGGAGUGUCUUCUCUCAGCGCGGGUUGCGGCCUUUGGUGAGAGCAUGUCGUCCAUCUUGCCAUUCACUCCACCAGUUGUGAAAAGGCUGCUGGGAUGGAAGAAAUCAGCUGGUGGAUCUGGAGGAGCAGGCGGAGGAGAGCAGAAUGGACAAGAAGAAAAGUGGUGUGAGAAAGCAGUUAAAAGUUUGGUGAAGAAGCUAAAGAAAACAGGACGAUUAGAUGAGCUUGAGAAAGCCAUCACCACUCAAAAUUGUAAUACUAAAUGUGUCACCAUACCAAGCACUUGCUCUGAAAUUUGGGGACUGAGUACACCAAAUACGAUAGAUCAGUGGGAUACAACAGGCCUUUACAGCUUCUCUGAACAAACCAGGUCUCUGGAUGGCCGUCUACAAGUGUCCCAUCGGAAAGGAUUGCCACACGUGAUAUAUUGCCGAUUGUGGCGCUGGCCUGACCUUCACAGUCACCAUGAGCUCAAAGCAAUCGAAAACUGCGAAUAUGCUUUUAAUCUUAAAAAGGAUGAAGUAUGUGUAAACCCUUACCACUACCAGAGAGUUGAGACACCAGUUCUGCCUCCUGUACUGGUGCCGCGGCACACUGAGAUCCUAACAGAGCUGCCUCCUCUGGACGAUUAUACCCACUCCAUUCCAGAAAACACUAAUUUCCCAGCGGGAAUUGAGCCACAGAGUAAUUACAUCCCAGAAACGCCACCUCCUGGCUAUAUCAGUGAGGACGGAGAGACAAGCGACCAGCAGUUGAACCAAAGUAUGGAUACAGGAUCUCCAGCAGAACUAUCUCCUACUACUCUUUCCCCCGUUAAUCAUAGUUUGGAUUUGCAGCCAGUUACUUACUCAGAACCUGCAUUUUGGUGUUCAAUAGCCUAUUAUGAAUUAAACCAGAGGGUUGGUGAGACCUUCCACGCAUCACAGCCCUCACUCACUGUCGACGGUUUCACAGAUCCAUCCAAUUCAGAGAGGUUCUGCCUAGGGUUGCUCUCCAACGUCAACCGAAACGCGACUGUAGAAAUGACAAGAAGACAUAUAGGAAGAGGAGUGCGCUUAUAUUACAUCGGUGGAGAGGUUUUUGCCGAGUGCCUAAGCGAUAGUGCAAUCUUUGUGCAGAGCCCCAACUGUAAUCAGAGAUACGGCUGGCACCCUGCAACCGUGUGUAAGAUCCCACCAGGCUGUAAUCUGAAGAUCUUCAACAACCAGGAAUUUGCUGCUCUUCUGGCUCAGUCCGUUAAUCAGGGUUUUGAAGCCGUGUAUCAGCUAACUAGAAUGUGCACCAUAAGAAUGAGUUUUGUGAAAGGGUGGGGAGCGGAAUACCGAAGGCAGACGGUAACGAGCACUCCUUGCUGGAUUGAGCUUCAUCUGAAUGGACCUCUACAGUGGUUGGACAAAGUAUUAACUCAGAUGGGAUCCCCUUCAGUGCGUUGCUCGAGCAUGUCAUAAGGCUUCGUCACCACUCAAGUCCCAUCAAAAGACUCAAUGUACCAACUCUUCUGUCAUAGUAUUUGUGUGUGGUCCCCAUGGACUGGUCACUGUCCAAAAAUUCAAGAGAGAAAACAGCACUUGAGGUCUCACCCAUUAAAGCACCUUGUGGAAUCGGUUUCCUGUAUUCGAAUAUUAGAUGGGAAAUUAGUGUCUAGAAAUACCCUCCCAUAUAGGAGAAAGAGAAGAUUUUAAAGACUUAACUGAUGUCUCGUUGGGCAUAAAACCGAGUGUCCCACAGGUUUGUUAAUACCAGUAGUAGCUCUGUGUACAGGUAAUGUGUCAUGAUCCAGCAUCACAGUACUGUGCUGUUCAUAUACACGUUUAGUUUGCAUAAAUUAGGUGUGUGUGUGCUGCUUCUUGAAUUAGGCAAGCCUUUAUAAAGUUACAGUACCUAAUCUGUUAUUCCCACUUCUCCGUUAUUUUUGUGUGUCUUUUUUAAUAUAUAAUAUAUAUCAAGAUUUUCAGAUUAUCAUUUAGAAGCAGAUUUCCCUUGUAGAAAAACUAAUUUUUCUGCCUUUUACCAAAAAUAAACCCUUGGGGGAAGAAAAGUGGAUUAACUUUUGAAAUCCUUGACCUUAAUGUGUUCAGUGGGUCUUAAACAUUCAUUUUGUGUUAUUUACUGCUAAAUCUCACUAUACGGAAACUGCAGAAAAUCUUUCCAGACCUCUCUUCCAUUCCCACUUUUGCCCUGAUACCAAAACCAUGUAGCAAGACAUCCAUCACUAGUAAUGGUGGCUCCAAUACUGCCAGCACCAGUUAGUUCUCGGGCACAGUACGAGUUCAUACGGCUAAGUCCCUUUGUCUUAAAACAGAUUUCCACAGAUAGUAAUAGACUCGUGUAACCAAGCAGUCUGUUGAUUUAUCCUGACACCUCAUCAGAACAAAUGGCAGUAGAAUCAUUUUCAGGGAUAUGCUACAAUUACUUCAGUAUAUUUAUCCUUUUUUUAAAGCCAGUCUAUAGAUAUAAACACUCUUUUUUAAAAGCUCUUUUAAAAUAUUUCAAUAGCAGACCUAGUGCUCUCUGAGUUUCUUUUGAGUUCGUUACCAGGUUGUAUUAUGAAAUGGACCUUUUGUAAAUGUAAUUGCUUCCGCAAAAUACCUACAAAAGUGAUGCUGAGGUAUGAUCAGCAGAUAAGGGCCAUCUGUUUUUUAAAGUAUGUUGUAUUAAAUUUAUAAAAAUCUGUUAUUUUACAUAAUUAUGAAUUCAGAAUUUUAAACAUUGGGGAGAAGCAGUUUAGCGAGUUUUUUAGCUUAUAAUUACCUACAGUCUGGGCUCUUCUGAACUAAUCCUAAAUGUGUGGUUGAUAUUACAACCAAGGACAUUUUAGGCUGUGUGGCGAGAGGAGAUUCCAGAAGCUGCACUAUGUUGGUAGUCCAUUCGGUGGCAAAUAAUCCUUAGAUGGAAUGUUGACUCUGCAGUUUAAACAGUUCUUGUUUGCAUCUCUUUACAAGAGAGAAAUUGCCACUCCUGACCCCCUGCUAGUAAAUUUUCAGAUUUUUGGAGAUAGACACUUUUGGUACUUGUUCUUUGAAACCAUAUUCAGCUGUCUCUACUGGUAUCAUUUUCAAUACUCUCAGCAUUUGAUUGUUUUCUACUGGGUAUUCCCCCAUUUUCCUGUAUUUGUGUAUACAUGUAUGUGUUCAUGCAGACUUGGUAUAGUAAUUUUUUAUUCUUUCAGCAAGUAGUUCCUCUUCACCUGUUAUGUGUGCCGGGAACUUUCUUUGCUUUGGGUAAAAGUGAACAAGUCAGAUCCGGUCCUGGCCAUGGCUGAGAUGUCAGUUACUCUAACCCUUAAUUAGCUCACUUGUCUACGAAGGAGGUAAACAGGGGACUGUGGUAGAGCAUAGCAGGGAAGGCUUUUCUCAGGAAGUGAUGCUUGAGCUGACAUUUGUCAUGAGAAGGGAGCAGGCCAUGGGGAGAGCCCAGGAGACUGGCAUUCCUGGCAAGGAGAAGCAUCAAAUGCCAAGGUUCAUUGUGAAGGCAGCACAUCAUUAGUUAUUAAUGCUUGCCCAGAAGUCUCUUCACAGAUCCAAACUUGGGGACCAGAAGGGUUCUUUAAUUUACAAUAGUUUAUAUAGUGGCCUUACUUGAUAGACGGCUUCCCUUGUCCCAGGUAUGACCACUGUCAGGCCGGCUGGAGAGAGCCAGUGCAGCCUCUGACCUUUGGAAGGUUUUAGCUUCCUUGAGAGCUUGUGGUGAUGUCAGGGAACAGUUCUGGGAGCAGAGAACAGGUUUGAAAGAGGCAGAAGGGCCUGGCGAUGAGUCUUGGAUGGAGGUGUUCCGUGAAGCCGUUCCAGUGACAGCAUUCCAGCUGUGAUUCUAUCUACAGCUGUGUUGGGGCUCUUCCUUAGAAUAUUCAACUGGGACUCAGCUCUUUGGCGAUGCCUGUUACACUGAGCGCCCAACACCCAUCGAGCCGUUGACUCCACUCGUGUUCAGUAUCUUACAUGCCUUUUUAGAAGAUGCUAUUUCUUGAAUUCUGUUUUGUCUGCUGUGGCUUAAAUCUUGUUGAAUUUUCCCCCCCUUUAUUGGGGUUGUUUUCAUUCUUCUGAAUGAUAAGUUCUCAAUGUUGAAUUUUGUCUCUGUUUAAAUGAGCAACAUUAUUUAGAACUGCCCCUCCACAGGGCUGAUAACUUUCUUGGUCUCACGUGAGAACUGAGUGAACGCGUUUUCCAUCACAUUCCUAAGAUGGAUGGUGAUUUGCAGUCAAGUCCAGCCAGAGCCACCGUAGGGAAUUGGAGGCUGGUGACGUCCCCAUUGACUUUGGUUUAACCAGUGGCAGCUUUGUUUCCAUCCUGUAAUGGAGUUCUAUAUAGAUUUCUUUUUAAAAAAGAGUUUUACAGCUUUAAAAAAAAAAAAAAAACUUUGAAAAGUUUGUGUAAGCACUGUUUAGGAUUAAAACACAUGAGUGGACUUCGGCCCACAUUUGGAAACAAGUCUGCUUGUGUUCUUUUCUCCUACUUCAGGGAACCUUCCUAAUGAGGUUCAAACUACACCAGUUACACUAAUUAUACAUUAUGUCAGCCAUUCAUUCAGUCAACAUUUAUUGAUGUCUGCCCUUUACCCAGCCAUGGUGCUAGGUGCUGAGUAAUAAAAAGAGGCUAGGAUUUAGUCCUGGCCCUCAAGCUGUGGGUUUACACCUCUCUCAGGACCUGCCACUUUGCCAGAAGGAAAUCUCCCUAAUUUUUCUUGAAAGCUAAAUAUUCUUAUUCAGUACUCUUAUUCUGUAUUCUAAUUACAUAGUUGCAAAUUAUUUAAUAUCUAGCAUUUUUCUUAACCUUAAACCAUAUCGGUUUUGCUUGAUUCAUCUGCCUUUAAAUUUAACGAAUUUUCUCCUUUGUCAAAAUUAUUUUAAUUUCAAUUUAUUUGUGCCUUCUAGGUCGGUUUCAGUCAAGACUAAGACUUUGAAGGUGAAAAACAAUCAGUCUGGUCUCUUGUUAAUUGAAAUCAAGUAAAAGAUUAUACAUGCCCAGUUGGUUUCUCUACCUCUUCCAAAAGCUGUCCAAAUAUACCUUUAAGAUCUUUCUGUCUUUCUUUUUUUUUGUUGUUUUUUAAUAAUUAAACACUUGGAGCAUUUAUUCAGAACUCAGUACUCAACUGGUCUGGUUGAUGGUGAAUGAUAAAGUAACACAGAAGAUGUUCACCUUACUCAAAAUCUGUCUUUAUGUUCAGUUACUUUAGUAGCUGCCUAUUAGAACUACACAGACUGUGCCCUUCCACACCAUCUCCCCUGUAUCUCUUGAGAUAACUAAGUAGUCUGUGGCCAUAAGCAACACGUGAUCUUUUCUCUUACUUUGAUCUAACUCAUCGAUGUUGCGACAUGGCAAAUUAUCCCCCAGCUCCUUUGCUUCAUGAGCUUUGCUAAAUUCUUGAUACUCAUCAACUGAAUUGUAUUCUCCCCCGCAGCCCCCAACAGAAUGUACCUCUGUGGUCUUGCUGGUCGCCCUCUUCCUUGCCAACCAUGUUUUAUCUGCAGACAUCAGAAUGUUUCCCUCCAUUGAACUUUACGGAAGACCAAAAAGGAUGGUGCUUUUCCUACCCAGGGUCCUAAUUUCUUCACCGGGAAGGCUCAUGUUGUUCCUACUUGGUCCGUCACUUCACAUCUUACAAAUGGCUCAGAACUUCUCUCCAGUUAAAUGUCUUUGUGACGAACAAAUAGCAUGAAUUCUAUUUCAAGUUAUGUUUAGAAUUAGGAAUUUUUCCAGCAGUUGCAGCCAGUGAUUUUCCUGUAAUACUAGCCCAUUUCCACCGCGGAGCAUAUUGGAUUGUUGUAUUGAGUACAAUCAGGAGUAACGAUGGUGGUUUAUGGUCUCUAGAGGUAGUCAGAACCCUACUGUUGAGUUCCUUUAAUAUCUUCAAGUUCUCACAAACAUUUUUUAUCUGUUCAGACUACCUUUUAUGAGUGGGGACUGCAGGACAAAUCAUCUCUUGGAGUGGAAUUCCUGUGUUUGGAGCCUCAACCAGGAAAUGUCAGCUAUGCUAGAUGUAGACAGCUUCAUAAUAGCCUUUAUGAUAAGAACUUGUCUAAUGUGUUCAUGUAAUUUCUUGAGUAGGAACUGUUUUUUCUUGGAUAUUUUAGGUAACUUUAUAUAUAGCAUAACUGCCUUAAAUCUUUUUAGUAGGAAAUAAAUUAUAUAACGUGUAUGUAUGGAUUUAUGUAUAUAUACACACUCCUCGAGAUACCUGAACAGUGGGGGUCAUUUAUCUGCUCACAUUUUAACACCGUUGAAUGAAUCUGUUGUUUAAAUCUCAGAUCUCAGUAAAAGUUCCCUAAUUGGCUAACAGACAUUUUCCUUUCAGAUCUUCAGAGUAAUUUAUUUAUUCAGCCAGAGUCGUGAUUUGGUGGUUCAGUUAGAAUGCCAUUUUUAGACAGCUUGAUAACUAAGAAUCAUAACUGGAACUCAUGAACAUCAGAACUGCAGUAGACACCCAUUCAUUAAAUCAUUAUCUAGCCAAUGGUCUCUGGAAGGUACUAGUUUAGGAUUUUUUUUUUUUUUUUUCAAUGUUAGAUUGCCUCUCCCCAUUCUUUUCCUCUUGGUUAAAGCUGCUUAAGAUACCAUGGGAAGUAGCACCACCAAGUCAAGUUCUCAUGUAGUUAUGGGCAGCCGAAGGUGGUUCAGACCUAACUUUCUUGGUUGUGCUCAACAGAAAUGGAUUUCCCAAAGUUCUUUGGGUCAUCUCUGAUUCACAGAGGAUCUGACCAGAGUGUGUUAGCCCAAGUUAACUUCAGUAUCGAUUGGUUUCCUGCUGUGGGAUCCAUAAUAGACCCCAAAUUUCAGCCACUGGUUGAAAUAUAAGGGCCCUUGGAAGAAGAAUGCCGCUGCUGAUGGCAGUGAGAAGGAUCCAUGCAUGCUAGACAAAGGACUUUUAGAUUUCUCUUCGGAACAGUUCCUGGAAAGUGAUGUUCUCCUACCCUCCAAAAAAAGAGAGA